AUGUCGGACAAGAAAGAUCAAUCCCCAGAUUCUCCAUCCAAAGGAUCAACUGUUCUCCCUUUCAAGAAGAGAGAUACUGCAGAAAUGACGCGAGCAGCAGAGACUAUGUCGAGCGGCAUCGAUUACGACCAUCUCCUCGCCAAGAACAAGAAAUUGAAGCUCGACGAACUCCAGAGAAAGGCUUACUAUCAAGUUCUCAAGGCAUUCACCGCAGAAUCUUCUGCAAUGUCUAGUCGAAGGAUUACGAUCAUCGACAAACUGAAGAGAGAAUGGAACAUUCCCUACACAACUCAUACCGCUUUUAUGGAUAAAAUCAAACAAUCGAGGGAAGAAUCAAAUCCUUCUGCUUACUGUUACUUCUCCUCUGUUCAGUUCCUCUCUGCCGAAGAAGUGAAAGUUGCUGCUCCACAAGUAGAAGAAGAGAAAACUACUGCUGUAGAAGAAGAGAAAAUGACUGCAGCAGACGAAGAGAAAAUUACUGCUGUAGAUGGCAAUCCAUUGAAACCCCGUCUGAAACUGAACGACGACGACGUUGUCAAAUUUCAAGAAAAGCUACAUGUACCUCCUGCAAAGAUGCAAGAAGAGAAGGCAGAACCGAUUUCUACUUUUGAAUAUUCAGCUAUCCCAAGCUGGGGCCAAGUUUCUCCUGCGUCUCUUGUUGACAAAUGGAUCAAUAUCAGGAUUCCUGGUGAAGACGAUUACACUGCAUACCUCAUCGCAAAGUAUGACGCAGAAAGGGAAAUGCACUACCUGAUCACUGCUAUAGCCGAAGACGACCUGGUUGACCCGUGCAAGUGGAUUGAUAUCAGAAACUUUCCGGCAGAAGAUUUAGUGUGGCAAGAGGGACAUCCCGGAUUCCCAACACAUAAACGCUGUCUUAACCCAGGCGAAACAAUCUUGCACUUAACCAGUACAGCUCGAGAAAAGAGGCGAAUUACGGAGGUUGGAAUAACUGACAGUGGGAUUCCUAUCAUCAAAAAGCUCGACAAGGGAAAGGGUAAGGCCUGA